AUGAGACGUGUGUUUAACGACAACGAAGAAGAGGAUGCGGGAGGCUAUAUCGCCGGCCUGCUGAAUUACUAUCGUGGUGCGGUAAAAAAUGGAACGCUACAAUGUCACGAGCCGAAAAAAGUCAUGGUGGUGGAGGGUGUGGUGCGUAGCGAGCGUCAAAAUUAUGUCGAAGAGCGAGCUACUCAACGCCGCGGGGUAAGACGACGACGAGACGAUACCUCGCCUGAGGCUGGACCUUCGUCUCGCGCGCGAAUUAUUCUUACGCCAGAGCUUGUCGAUCUUGUGAGCAACGAAUCGACGAGUCAGCCGGCUCCUCGCGAAGUGAGCUCGUUUGAUGAGGAGGAAAUAUUCAGUCCUUUGUACAAUAACGACCGUCAACAGAGAGUAAUAUUACCCGGGGCUGACGACGAAGAGGAAGAGCAGGAGGAAGAGCAGGAGGAAGAGGAGGAGGAAGAGGAAGGAGGCAGGCAGAAGAAGAAGAAGAGCAGGAGAGAAGAGCAUUACAGGAGAGGAAUUAUGAAGGAGGGGAUGAACAAAGCUACGACGGAUGGGGAAUGGGUGACAGAG